UGUGCUUUGCAUUCUCAUUGAGGAAGUAGAAGCGCUCUACAGGUGUAAGCGUAGUUGCUUGUCGCACUCACAAAGCAAAGCGGGGUCGAUAGCCUGCCCUCGACACCAUGGCCGUGCUGGUCCUGGAGGCCCGCGACUGCACCAGCCCCGUGUUCCUCGUGCGAACGUUGGCCCUUCUCUGCGGCUGCGUCACCUUCAGCCUGGUGGGCUCCCUGGCGCCCGAGCACCUCCGCGAAACCGAGCGCCGCCACAACACCUUCUGGAUCGCCUGCAUGUUCACCUGGUGCUUCUUCUUCACGCUCACCCUCCUCAUCCACGUCCUCAACGUCAUCCAGUUCCACAGCCUGCUGCCCGUGUCCUGGAAGAACCUGACGGUGACCGUGGCGGCCCUGGGAGCCCUCAUGACGCUGAGCGCCUCCGUGCUGCUCCCCUGGAGGGUCCUCCACCACCGGCCCACCUCGGCCCGGCCGCUGGCCGCCGCCGUGGCCGCCUGCCUCACCGUGCUGGCCUACUGCGGCGAGGUGUGGGCGAUCCGCGGGCAGCCCCAGGAGCAGAGGGGAUACAUGGCCAGCUUACCGGGCGUCCUCAAGAUCGUCCAGUGUUGGGGAGGCUUUCAGAUGAUCCCCCUGUUCCUGGAGACGAUGACGGCCACGCAGGCCAGGGAUCUGAGCGCCGGAGGAGGGGUACACGUCUGGCAGCUGUGGGUGUCGGUGGGGUUGUACAACGUGUGUCUGCUGAUGUCCUUGGCCUCCGUCGCGGUGAUACUGUGCGACUGCGCCGGGAGGUUCUGUCCGUUUCCGUUGGAUCGACUUUUGGCCGGGUUCAGCCUGCUGGGGGUGUUGUUCUAUAUGGUCGCCACGGUGAUCUGCGUUACCAACGUGCUGCAGGAUGUGGAAGACCGAUCAGGGCUGCUGAUCAUGGAGACCGUCAUUGUUAGUAUUACACUGAUGGCGUACACAGUGGACUUUUCCUUUUCCAUCAAGCAGUUGUGUGAAAGGGGCCAUGGCUGA